ACUCUUAUUAGCAAAAAUAAUAGAGUAGCUACAAUUCAAAAGCUACAAAUAACUUAAACUUUUAACAAUUAAUAUAUUUUAAAUCUACAGAACUAUUAAUGUCAAUAAGGUAAAUAAAUUUAUAUUGAAAAAAUUCAGUAGUUGCUUCUGUAACUUGACUAUCAGCCCACAACAUGACUAGCUGAUUGCAGUUGGCCAAAUCCUAGAAGAUAAGCCAUGAAGCGUUCGAUCUAAUUUAAGAUAAGGAGGGCUGCCCUCCGGAAUAUAAAUGGGGCAUUGGGGACCAAGCACUCAAUCAGUUUACAUAGUCGGACUGGAAAACAUGGUCAGGCUAUUCGUAGUUUUGUGGCUUAGCUCCCUGGCAAUGGUGAGUGCCCAAUUUGGGGAAAACCAGUUAGCCUUGGGUAAGCAAAUACCAGUCGGGGACUUGGGGGCCGAACAGUAUGCGGCCAUCUCAAAACUUCGACGUUUGUCGGUGGAGUUUGUCGAGCUGUUCCCAAACAUAACCGCAGGCGACCUGACGGGGGACCUUAGCAGGGCAGGACUACUUUCUGCGCAAGAGUGCCAGCUUGACAUAGCACUCCUAACAAAGGAUCUGGCGUCAUUUAAGAAGUGGGCUCUGAAAAUGGUCGACUCGUGGGGCUUCCUGCCUGCUGGAAUGCUCGUGGGAAACUUUUGGGACCUGGGCAACUUCGAUGAGUGUGUCGGCAUCGAGCAUGCUGUGUCUCUCAGUCAUAGAGUGCAGGGUAAGUACUGCUUCGCCAAGGUCCAGUUGGCCUCAGUGGUCCUCAAGACGGGUGUCUGUUUUCCCGCAUCCUGCUCGGCAUCCCACAUGGACACCGUGCUGAGAAGCCUGUUCCAAAACCUGCUUGACGCGGAGAUAAGUCAGGACGUGGAGAUCGUGAGCGAAGCCACAUGCCAGACGGCGGAGAAAAAGCCAUACGACGGCAUCACUAUAUUCACCAUAGUUCUUCUAUCGGUGCUGGGUGCUUUGGUAGCUGCAAGUUCAGUUUACGACUACUUCUUCCACCAGGAUGACAAGAGCCUCAAUGCCGUGGUCAAGGCGUUCUCGGCACGCGCCAAUUCCCGAGCACUGUUCCGGUUGGUGGAGCCCAAGUCGAACCCCAAUGUUAUAGAUUGCCUGCACGGAAUUCGAUGCAUGUCGUUCAUCUGGGUAGUUUUUGCUCACGACUACAUGGUCUUCGCAUCAUCUCCCAAUACAAACAUGCUUGACGCACUUUCGUGGAUAAAAUCCUUCUUUAGUCAGUUUGUCAUCCACGGAAUCUUUGCCGUCGACACGUUUUUCUUCUUAAGUGGCAUGUUGCUAGUUGUAAUCGCCCUUCGGACAAUGGAAAGGACCAAGGGCAAGCUCAACAUCCCCAUGAUGUACCUACAGCGGUAUGUGCGCCUCACGCCCCUCGUAGCCUUUGCCAUCCUCCUCUACCUGAAGAUCUUGCCCCUUUUGGGCGACGGUCCCCUUUUUGGCCAAAUAUCGUUUGACUCCUACGCAUCCUGCGAGGCCAACUGGCUAUGGACGCUUCUUUAUGUGCAGAACUACGCAACACGUGAUAUGUGCCUAAGCCAUUCCUGGUACCUGGCCGUGGACAUGCAACUCUUCAUCUUCGCGCCGUUCCUUCUUAUCGCCCUAUUCAGGUGGGGCAAGAAGGCGGCCGCUAGCAUCUUUAUCCUGAUGCUGCUUUUGGCCUCCUGUCUCUUCAGCAUGAUGGUUAUUAAAAACAUGUCUAUGAACGGGAGCGAAGAGGGCAGGGCCAAGUUGUAUUACACGCCGAACGUACGUGCGUCGCCGUAUCUAGUGGGAAUCCUAUUCGGAUACUUUCUGCACCUGACUCGCGGCAAGAAGUUCAAUCUGAACCCCAUCACUGUUCUGCUAGGGUGGCUAGUGGCGCUUGCUCUAAUAUUCACCUGCCUCAUAGCGGUGUACCGUGCCAGUGAUAUAUCCAUUGUGGAGGAGGCCUUGUUUGUGAGCCUUACCCGCAUCGCCUGGCCCUUGGGCCUCUGCUGGGUGGUGUUCGCCUGUAUGAAUGGGUACGGCUACUUGGCAGACAGCUUUCUCUCGUCCCCCCUGUGGCAACCCAUGUCCCGGCUCUCCUACGCCGCCUACAUCUUCCACAUGUUCAUAGAGUCCCUUAACAGUGGCAUUACCCGCACUAGCACCUAUUUCAGCGACUACCAAGUGAUGCUACGCUUCUGGGCGGAUCUUGGCUUCACGAUGAUUCUUUCUUACCUGAUGCACAUCCUGGUCGAGGCGCCUUUCGCCAAUUUGGUGACCAUCAUGAUGAGCCCAAAGAAUCCCAAGUCGGCAUCUGAUGAAACCCUCCAGACUAAGUCAGCGCCAACCGAAGAAGCUAUCGAACCUCCCUCUGAAGCUCCUGCAAGUCCACCCCUUACUGAAAGAAAGGAGAACCAAAGGUAAACGUGUUUAGAAUCGCUUACUUAUGUAAGAUGAAUUUUUUAAGAUUAAAAAAUAAACACUGAACAUAACCACAGCUCUAUAAAAUCAAAACAAAAAUGGACUGCAGUAGUCGCGUUUCUUGAUUAUAAAAGAUUACGGACAUUUAAAAUUGGA